AUGGCGAAUCAAGCAACGCUACGCAGGAGAAGCGAAACACAAAACACGCGCACUGACCGCAGCUGUGUGUCUGCGUCCCGUGACCCGUACGACUUAUCCGCCACUGACCAGGGCAUGACUGUAGCUACACGCCCACUGAUAAAGACAGCUUCGGUCAGCAGUAGUAGUAAACACACUCUCUCUCUGUCUGGCUGUCUGUCUGUCUUCUCCUGGUGA